AUUUCCGUAAUGACGCAUGCGUAUUUUGUAUUACAUACAUUUUCGUGUGUGAAGGCUGAAACUGAACGAAAGCAGAGAAUUAGUUUUAACGGAAUCGUUGGGCAAAAUAAUUAAGUGCGAGUGAUUUAUUUAUAACAAAUACUUAUUAAUAUAUAUAUUAUUUAUGACAUUAAUUCCACAGUAAUAAUAAUAUAAUAAUAAUUAAAAGGUAUAAUAUCACCAUAGAUAUAUAUAACAUUAAUUUGUAUGUAAUAUUAACAAAAGUAAUUUGUAAGUGUCAAUAAAACCAGCAGACACCAGAACAGGAAAAAAAUAAAUCCACAAAAUAUUCACACGCGGUAUAUCUAUAUAUUUAUAUUCACAUAGACUUACAAGAAAAUGACCAAGCCGGAGCAAGUUUUGACUAUCGAACCCCAGGGUGAACUACGAUUCCGUGGCCCAUUUACAGGUUCACCAGUCACUUCAUACAUUAAAUUAAUAAAUCCAACAAAUCAAAAAGUAUAUUUUAAAAUAAAAACUACGGCUCCAAAGAGAUACUGCGUAAGACCUAACAGUGGUAUACUUAAAGCUAAAGAAGUUACUGAAAUAGCAGUUUGUUUACAACCGUACGAAUUUGAUCCAACUGAAAAAAAUAAACACAAGUUUAUGGUACAAACAGUUAUAGCACAAGAGGGUGAUAAUGACGACUGUGCCCACGAUGUGUGGAAAGACAUCAAUGAGGAUUUGGUAAUGGAGUAUAAAUUAAAGUGCGUAUUUGAGAACCCAGUUAGCAGCAACACAUCAGGAAAAGUGUCCGCAGUUCCAGCUCAGUCGAAAACUGAGCCCAGUACAGUUAAUGGAAAAAAUAAAGCUACUGGUGACGGAGCUAAACUGACUGAUAAACAACUGAUUGAGUAUGAAGAAAAAUUAAUGAAAGCUGCUGCAGAAGUUAAUCAUUUGAGGGUAGAAGAAAGUAAUUUGAGGCAGGAAUGUCUUCAGCUUAAGGAAGAACUAUUGAGAUACCGAAAUAUGGAAAAAGGUGGAAAUAUAACGUCAGGACGAAUGACAUCUGGUUCACUAGAACGUAGCAAUCCACAAUUGAAUAUGACACCUACCCUUGCUAUUGCAGCGGUUGUUAUAAUGAUAGUCGGUUAUUUUCUUGGGAAAUUAAUCUGAGCAGUUGUCUUGCCCAACGUGUAUACAUCAGCGCACCUCUUAUCCCAAAUACAUUUUACUGAGCCUUCUCUCCUUUCUUUGUCUUAACUGUCACUCAAUGCCAUUAUCAAUCGCAAUAAUUAUUUUUAGUUAAUUCUUAAAAAAAAAAAAAAAAACAUAUUAUUUUUAUUAUUACUUAUACAAUCCAGAGCAACAAAAAUUAUAAAUGUUUACAUGAGUAAUUUUUAGUUGUUUCUAUUCGAGUUUAAAUUAAAAUUUAUUUUUAAUACCAGACUAUUUUUUUUCUUUUUUUUUUUUUUCAAUUCAUUUAAUUAUUUAUUUUUAUUUUCAUUAACAAACGGUAGAAAGAGAAGGAAAGGAAUCUUAUCGGAGUUUGAUUUUUUUUUGUAUUCACUGUAGAAAUAAAAAAAAAAAAAAGAAAACGUCGCUUAGGAUCAAAGUUUUAAAAUAUAAAAAUAAAAAUAUAUUUAAAGUGAGAGGAAAUAAAAAAAAAUAAAAUUGAUAAUUUGCGCUUCUCAGAAUAAAUUUAAAAAUUAUUAUUAAAAUAUAUAAUAAAGUGAAAAAAAAAUAAUAAUAAUAAAAGUACAUGUCGCCAAUUUGAUAAUUUAAAUAUGUUGAUUAUUGUUGAUAUUUCGACUUUAUCUAUACUAUUAUUAUUAAUUAGUUAAUUAAUAUUCGUGUCCGAAAGAUGAACGCAUGUUUAUAAUACGUGUUGAUAUUAAAAGGCUCUGAUAACUGAGACCCAACUUAAUAAUUAUUAUUAUUUUUUUUUUUAUUAAUUAAACAGUGUAUAUAAAAUAAUUAUGUUUGAUCAGCUGAACAACAGAAGACAGUUAAUUUAAAUAAUAAUAAUAAUGAUAAUAAUUUUUUGACAGAGCUAAAGGUGGAAAUUGUCAGUAUAAUUAAUAAAAAAUAGCUUUGGUUAAUUUAGUAAUAAAAUAAAUAAAUAUUAAAAUUAAAAUUCGAUA